AUGCAGCUCCUGAGCGCCCUGGGGCUCUGCGAGGUCCUGAGAUGCCCGACCGGCAUGGCCAGCUAUGAAGCUGCUGCCAUCGCCUUCUGCGGCUCCCCGUCCUACCUCGACUUGGCGAAGGCCAAGGCGAUUAGCUGGCUGCAGGAAGUCGCCGACAUACAUUUUGAUGACGCCCCACUCUCCGCCACUGUGCGGACGCGUCUGUUCCCCAGUUUCUGGAAGGCGCCUGCGUUCGUUGAUGGUCUCGACGGCGUGCUCUUUCUCUCCUCGGACGGCUGUCCUGCACUGAUCGACGCCCUCGCCCUCAACGUGCCACUGCCGCCACUCAUCCGGGUCGAGCGCUUGGUCGAGACCUACCUGUCACUCUUCCUGCUCGUUUGGGCCUCGCGGGACCCAGGCUUCGAUUCCCUGGAGACGGGCUCCAAGGCCCGCGCGGUGGCCGCGCAGAACCCCGUGGCGCGCGACCUGCGGCCCCCCUUCCGGGACCUUUCCGCGCCGCCCGCCGGGACGCCGAAUUGCGAGGCGCUAUCCUGCGGCGGCCGUGCGGGACAGGCCGAGGAGAAAGGGCUGCCGAAGCCGUCGGCGAUCCUGUGGCGGGGCCUGCAGCCGUGCUCUGCGCACUCCCCCGGCGCCAGAGUGCCGCUGGGGAGAGUGCCUGCCGCGCCCUCCGUAGAGCACCACAGCGCCGACGCAUCGCAGACCGCAAAAGGAGCACAUGCCGGACUGGUCUCCGGCGCCGUGACGGCCGCGCAGCGCGCGGACGGUUGCCGCGGCCCGGCCGCGCGCAAGGGGUGCAGCCCGAAGCUCACCAGCUGCUCCCACCUCUUCUGUGGCGACUGCAUCGCUCAGUGGUUCUCGCAGCACCCCGAGAGCCAGACCUGGGCCCAGCGGGCCCGCUCGGUGGGCCCGGAGAGGGUCGUGCCCUGCCCCGUGUGCAAGCAGCCCCUCGGCGAGAAGAAGGACCUCUUCCCCGUGUGCGGCGUCACGUGCCGGAGUGAGAACCUUCUGCUGUGGCGGAUGUUGUCUUCCCUGAAGAUUAUGUGUGCGAACCAUCCAAAGGUCCUCAAAGAGGGCAAGUGCCAGUGGAUCGGCGAGUACGGCUCUUACCAGAAGCACAUCGCCGUGUGCAAGAACUGCGACACGGCGGCGGCCGAGAAGCCGGAGGCGCCUCCUCAGAGAGCCGACUCCGAGAGCGAGGCCACCGCGGGCCGCCACAAGACGUGUCCUGGAAGGGCCCCCCCGCGAAUAGCACGGCGACGCCGCCGGCCGCGCGGGUGGCGACGUCGCCGCUGCCCUCCCCCGCGCUGGCCCCCUCGCCGCAGCCGCCCCCCACCGGCGCCCCCGCUGGCGGAGCCCCGCCGGCCGCCCAGCUGGCUGGCGCCGGCAGGGCGCAGGCCACCAAGCAGCCCGCCGCAAAGCCGAGCCCGGACCACCCGCCGAAGGGCGUGGCCACGGCGCCGGCGCCGGCCCCUGCGUCCCCUGCACCGACGGCGGCGGCGCCGGCGAGCGUCCCUCCGGCGCCCGCCGCGCGGCCGGUGGCAG